GUUCCCUGUUCUACCAUGUCCAAUCAAACUUCCUCAACCAUUGAUCCCUACAAGCAUUUGCAAAUCAUCUACAACCCCGAUGGCACACUCACUCGCAUGCUUCCUGAUCCACGCACCUUACCCUCAUCAGACACCACGCUUCCUAUCUCUGUUCUCACCAAAGAUGUCACCAUCAACCAAAUAAACAACACUUGGGUUCGAUUAUUCCUACCCCGAAAAGCAAUACCGGUUCAUGGUUAUUCCACUUCCAACCAAAACCACAAGCUACCUCUCAUCGUUUUCUUCCAUGGUGGCGGAUUCAUCUUAGGUAGUGCUGCUUCCACCAGGUACCAUGAUUUUUGCUUGAACAUGGCAGAUAGCAUUAAAGCCGUCGUUGCAUCGGUGGAAUACCGCCUUGCGCCGGAGCACCGGGCGCCGGCGGCGUAUGAUGAUGCCAUGGAAGCGGUGCUUUUCAUUAGAAGCAGCCAAGAUGAGUGGUUGACUCAAUAUGUUGACUAUUCUAAUUGUUAUUUGAUGGGGAAUAGUGCUGGGGCUGUUAUUGCCUACCAUGCAGGUCUACGUGCAGCACAAGAGGUUGAUCAUCUUGAACCACUGAAGAUCAAAGGGUUGAUACUGCGUCAACCAGGCUUUGCUGGGACCAAGAGGACUGAUUCAGAGUUGAGGCUUGAGAAUGAUCCUGUUCUUCCGUUGUGUGUUACCGAUAUGUUGGCGGAGCUAGUAUUGCCAAUUGGGGUUGACCGUGAUCAUGAGUAUUGCAAUCCAAUGGUUGGGGAUGGUCCUAAAAAACUAGAUAAGAUCAAGGAUCUUGGGUGGAGGGUAUUGGUGAGUGGAAAUGGUGGGGACCCACUUGUGGACCGUGGGAAGGAACUUGUGCAGUUGAUGGAGGAAAAGGGUGUUCAAGUAGUUAGUAACUUUGAGGAAGAGGGUCGCCAUGCGGAAGAGAUAUUUGACCCAAUUAAAGCAAAGGAACUAUAUGGAUUAGUGAAAGGUUUCAUUUCCUCAAUUUCUGCUUAGGGGAAUUAAUCGUUUAUUACCGAGUAGCUAGUUGUGCAUUAAAAGUUUGAUUUGUUUCCUUUUGUAAUUUGCCUUUUGCAUGUAAAAUAAAAAAUCUUGCGCUUAGGGUGCAUUAAUACUUAUAAUAAGAUGUUAUAUUUACUAGUGUGUUU